AAAUUAAUUCUACUUCCGGUUUCAUGCGGUUUGUUUAUCGAACAAUUACAGCAGUCAAACGGCACGGUUUUAAGCAGUUUCACGAGCAGUGUAGAAUCAUGCCGAAAGCUUUGGUUAUCUUAUCUGAAGGAGCGGAGGAAAUGGAGACUGUCAUCGCCGUUGAUGUUCUCAGAAGGGGAGGGAUAGAUGUAACGCUUGCUGGUUUAAUGAAUAGUGAUCCUGUAUUGUGCAGCCGUAAUGUGAAAAUAGUACCUGAUGCGGCCCUCUCUGAUGCUGUUAAACAAGGACCCUAUGAUGUCGUUGUUUGUCCUGGUGGAGCAAAUGGAGCGAAAAAUUUAGCUGCGUCAAAAGAAGUUGGAGAGAUUCUACAGGAUCAGGAGAAAGGUGGCAGAGUGAUAGCAGCAGUAUGUGCAGCUCCAAUUGCUCUGGCCAGUCACAAAGUGGGCAGUGGAAAGAAUGUAACAUCUCAUCCUAGUGUGAAAGAUAAGUUAGGUAAGUACAUUACCUCUAAGACAACGGUAACUCUUUGUUUUGUUGUUGUUUUUCAGUUUACAAGUACUAGAGAUCGGAGUACAGGGGGGAAGUUGAAAAGUCGGGGCCCUGGACCUGCUUCAUCGCUUGAAAUUGUCGAAGCCAUACAGGGUAAAGAGAAAGCAGAUUCAUUGGUGGCACCGAUGCUUGUAAAAAUGUGAUUACCUUGGCAACUGCACAGACUAUAUUCUUGUUGCCAUAAAGUUGAAUUUACCCAUUCAGUGUGAGUGAACUCUCGAAAAAAAGUGGCGAAGAUUAUGAUGUAAAUUUUGAGUGAUUAAGUUUGUUACUCAGCAUUUCCUCAUAGUGAUCAAUAAAAAUCCUAUAGGUCAAAGGUUAUGGAUCAUAGAUUGCAUAUACCUGCAUGGAAUUUUUACCUUAUGUUGUAAUUGGGUGUCCUAGACUCGACCCUGUCCUUCAGUUGCCUCCAUACUUGAAUUCUCUGCACAUAUCCUUGCCAUUUUAUUGUUAAGAAAAAAUUGUAAAUUUUUAUUGUUGAAGUUAGUUUUCUGAUCUUUUCUUUUGCAAAAAUUUUGUUAACUGUAAAAAAGACUACUCUAUCGUAAAAUGUCAAGGUAUUUAUGCUGAAAUCAUUAUAAUAAUAAAUGAACGCUAAUGUCAUUAGUUGUUUUUGAGUUCAGAUGUUGUGUAGAUUUAUAUUCAAACUAAGGCAUAAUGUUUUUAUCAAAGCUUGACAAAAAUUUCAUAAUUUCCAGAUUUUCCUUUACUUUAUGAAUCUCACGUUUCGGAAUUUUCCAUUUUUCGAAGAAUGUGGUGGCUUGUUGCUGUAAGCAAUGAAUGAGUGUAGAUAUACAUGUAUUACUCAGUUUAAUACAUCUACAUACAUAUAGAAAUAUGUGUGUAUUGUACUGUUAAAUCAUAAGCUCAUUUGGUGCAUAAUGUUGUUAUUUGAUAAAUAUUUAAUACUGUUUGUUUUUCUGAAAUAAAUAACAAUAAAAAAGCA